AUGGCAAAUACUCGCUUCAGUUAUGUCAAGAAUUUUGAGGAAGACCCUCAUUUACUCUUUGACUGCUGGACUGUGAUUAGAGUUGAUGGGCGUUCCUUCAAAAAUUUCAGUGAUCGACACAAUUUUAGGAAACCUAACGAGCCCAGAGCGUUAUCCUUGAUUAACGCGGCCGCUUGCCAUGUUAUGUCCAAGUUCGGCGAUAUUUUGUUGGCUUAUGGCCACUCAGAUGAAUAUAGCUUUUUGCUCAAGAAGAACUCCAGAAUGUAUAAUAGACGUCAACAGAAGAUUUUAUCCAGCAUAGUUUCUCUCUUUUCAUCAGCCUAUUGUUACUACUGGAAGGAUUUUUUCCCGGAUCAGCCAAUGCUAUCCAUCCCUUCGUUUGAUGGACGAACGAUUGUCUAUCCUAGCUAUCGCAGUGUAGUCGACUAUUUCUCUUGGAGACACGCCGACUGUCACAUUAAUAACCAGUACAAUACGUGUUUCUGGUCCCUGGUUUUGAAUGGUAAAACGCAUGAUGAAGCCUAUACUUGGCUAAAGGGUACACAAAAGAUGGAAAAGAAUGAAUACCUCUUUAGCACUUGUGGAAUCAACUACAACUCACUACCAAAUUCAUUCAAGAAGGGUACAACCUUGGUAAGAGUUGAAGAUGGAGUGGUACUUGAUUUUAAUGAUCCAGAUAAGAUGGACGAGAAUGUCCAGGCGACUAUAGUCAGUAGCUCGAAUCCUCCUAUAUCUCUGAUGAUCGAUAGACAUGAGCUAGACCAGCUAGAAAGCAAGCUUUGUGAUAUAACAAACGAUCUAGGGAUCAAGAUUCUACAUUGCGACAUCAUAAAGCAAACUUUUUGGGACGUUGUGGGACACAUGAUAUCUUAG